CAGCUGGUGCAAGCUUCUCCACUCAGCCCCGACAGGAAUUAUGUCCUUGGUUGUCACCCCCACGGCAUUUUCUCUGCUGCCUCAUUUUGUAACUUUGCUACCGAAGCCACCAGCUUCUCCGUGCUAUAUCCGGGCGUCCGUCCUUGGCUGGCAGUCCUCGCGGGCGUAUUCAGACUUCCCAUUUAUCGUGAAUACGUCAUGUCCGCAGGAUGUGCUCCUGUGAAUAAGGACAGCCUGACAUACAUCCUCACCAAGUGCGGCAUUGGGAAUGCACUAUUUAUUGUGGUGGGAGGAGCAGCGGAGUCCCUGCAGAGCCGUCCAGGAGAACAUGUCGUCACACUGGGGGGCAGGAAGGGUUUUGUCCGACUGGCCUUGGAGAAUGGGGCAGACCUUGUGCCGGUAUAUUGCUUCGGAGAGAAUGACCUCUACGAACAGAUUCGCUUUACUGAGGGCUCCUGGGGCUGGAAGCUGCAACUCCUCUUCCAGAAAUAUGUGGGAUUUGCCCCCUGCCUUAUCAAAGGCACUGCAGUGUUUGGGGAGGGAAGCUGGGGCCUAAACCCCUUCCCUCGUCCCCUUACUAGUGUAGUGGGAAGACCGAUCCGUGUGCCGCAUUGUCCUGUCCCAUCAGAGGAAGAAGUUUCACAUUAUCACAAACUUUACAUAGAAGGACUCAAACAGCUCUUUGAUGAGUUCAAGGUGUCUUGUGGACUCUCAGCUACUGAUGUUCUACAGAUCAUCUAA